ACUUUUGUUUUUUCCUUGAGAAUUUCAGCGGGGAGGAGGGAGUGAAGGGAGAGAGCACGGUAGCCUUUAGCCUCCUCUUUUUUCUUAUUAUGGUACGCGGUUCGGAAGCGGUUGCUAAUCUCUUUGUAAGCUGAACUCUUUUCGCUUUCUCUGUCAAAGCAAUCAACAAGGAGAAAGUGAGAGACUGAAAGUAUUAGAAACAGUAGGAUCAGUCUUCUUGUUUUUCUUCUGAAAGCUUUAGCAAAUGGCGGAGAGGCUGACGGCGGAGUUCAGGGAGGCUUUCAACCACUUCGAUAAGGAUGGCGACGGUUCCAUUACUGCUGAAGAGCUUGGUAUAGUGAUGAGAUCAUUAGGUAUAAAUCCAACAGUAAUGGAAUUGCAAGACAUGAUCAGUAAGGUUGACGCUGAUAAUAGUGGCACCAUUGAUUUCGAGGAGUUCCUGAAUCUUAUGAAAAGCAUAAUGAAAGACAUUAAUUCUGAGCUUAUGGAAGUAUUCCGUAUCAUCGACAAGGAUCAGAACGGCUUCAUUUCAGCAGACGAACUCCAUCAAGUGAUGGCAAACCUUGAAGAGAAACUAACUGAUGAUGGAGUUAAUGAACUUAUACGUGAGGCAGACAGGGAUGGAGAUGGGCAGAUCAACUAUAAGGAAUUUGAGACGAUGAUAUCAGCCAAGUUAGAUAUCAGCCUCCAGCCUAUGGCAAAUAUGCUUUAAAUAUUUCAAAUCAGGUGACAACUCAACACAACUUGAAUGGAAGUGAAGAUAUAGACUGAUAGCAUGUUGGGCUUUGCUGUCCAGUCGAUUAAGUUGUAUGAAGUAAUAGUCGUGAGUUAUUUCUUUAUAUUUACAGUUUAAACACCUCAGGGAGAAUCAUCGCAAUUGGCAUUGUUCAUUCUGAAUGAUUGAUUAUUCUUUAAUGUUCCUUUCAUAUUACUCUAAUGGCAUAAGGAUAUUCUGUUUGUUGAA